UAAUCACAUUACAACUUACACAAGACUACUCGGUACAAGUUCAUAAAUCAACGAUGAUAAAAUUGAUAAUACAACAAUAAAAAAUAAACAAAAUCAAAACUCCAUUCAUUUCAUUACCCAGUUACCAAACUGAACUUCUUGUAAAUUUCUUUCAACCAAAGUCUUUCUCUCUCCUCUGUCUUCUGCGAGCUUCAAUCAGUAUCAACAAUGGCGAUUUCGCCUCAUCUCUGCCGCGUCUUCACCUUUACCGACCUCCGCUUGCCGGAAACUUACGGCCGUGCAAUUUUUCACCGGAAACCUCAUCUUUCCGUCCGUUGCGCCGUCGGAGAUUCGUCGUCGUCGUCUUCUUCUUCAUCUUCCGCCGUUGAUACCAAUUUUGACGCUAAGAAGUUCCAUCACAACUUGACCAGGAGUGAGAAUUACAAUCGUAAAGGUUUUGGACACAAAGCCGAGACUCUCCAGCUUAUGAAUCGCGAGUAUACUAGUGAUGUAAUAAAGACUUUGAAGGAGAAUGGAUACGUGUAUACAUGGGGUAAUGUCACGGUGAAGUUAGCGGAAGCAUUUGGAUUUUGCUGGGGCGUGGAACGAGCAGUUCAGAUUGCGUAUGAAGCGAGGAAACAGUUUCCCGAUGAGAGAAUCUGGAUCACUAACGAAAUUAUCCACAACCCGACUGUUAAUAAGCGACUGGAAGAAAUGGAAGUGCAGAAUAUUCCUCUUGAGGAUGGAAAGAAGCAAUUUGAGGUAGUUGACAAAGGUGAUGUUGUGAUUUUACCAGCUUUUGGAGCUGCUGUAGAUGAAAUGUUGACGUUGAGUGAGAAAAAAGUACAGAUAGUAGAUACAACUUGCCCUUGGGUGAACAAGGUGUGGAACGUAGUGGAGAAGCACAAGAGAGGAGAUUAUACUUCAAUUAUUCAUGGGAAGUAUGCUCAUGAGGAGACUGUUGCGACUUCAUCUUUUGCUGGGACAUACGUUGUUGUGAAGAAUAUGAAAGAGGCAACUUAUGUAUGCGAUUAUAUUCUUGGCGGGCAACUUGAUGGGUCUAGCUCAACCAGAGAGGCAUUUCUAAAGAAAUUCAAAAAUGCUGUUUCCGAUGGGUUUGAUCCGGACAGAGACCUUGUAAAAGUUGGAAUUGCAAACCAAACUACUAUGCUCAAGGGAGAAACAGAAGAAAUCGGAAAGCUGGUUGAGAGAACUAUGAUGCGCAAGUAUGGAGUUGAAAAUAUAAACAACCACUUCAUGAGUUUCAACACAAUUUGUGAUGCUACUCAAGAGCGACAAGAUGCAAUGUAUAAGUUGGUGGAUGAAAAGAUUAAUCUUAUGCUGGUGGUUGGAGGCUGGAACUCCAGCAACACCUCUCAUCUGCAAGAAAUAGCUGAGGAACGCGGGAUCCCAUCAUAUUGGAUUGACAGUGAAGCAAGAAUAGGCCCUGGAAAUAAAAUAAGUUACAAAUUGAAUCAUGGGGAGCUAGUUGAAAAAGAAAAUUGGUUACCAGAAGGACCAAUCACUAUCGGAGUAACAUCUGGUGCUUCUACCCCAGAUAAGGUUGUGGAAGAUGCCUUGAUCAAGAUUUUUGACAUUAAACGGGAAGAGGUACUGCUGCGUGAAGCUGUGGCCGCUUGAGGAUGUAAGAUAGUAAUGUGUAAUUUAUAAUGUAUAUUCAUUUAAAGGGUUGUAUUCUUACAACUGAUUCUGUGUAGCUAUAGUUGAUGAAUGAAUGAAAUGGUGAGUUUAUCUAGCUAACAAGUUGCUUGCAAUAUUAGUUAGAAGUGAAGUACUAUGA